CUGGAGGAGGAAAAAGGCUUGAAAUGGGGGCUCCCCCACGCCCCUGCCAGCUGCUGCUCCUGCUGGGGGUCUUCCUCCUGCUGCUCUACCUCUCCAGCCGGCAUCUUCGUAAGUCGGGAACUGGGUGGAGGGGGGGGGAGGCGGGCAGGGGCCAAAGAGCCGAGGCUGCAGCUCACUCUCCCUGCGCUUCUCCUCCUGCAGCAAAGCUCUCCCUGGCUGCCUGUGUCCGGGGCGGGCAUCGGUGCCCAUGGCUCAGGGAGACACUGCCCAAGGAGGAAGAGCCCAGUCCUGCCUCUGUCCCUGCUGGGACCCCAACACCCCCUCUCCCUCUCUGCGACGAAGAGUUUGACAUCAGGCAGCUGCAAAGGGCUUUCUCGGCCAGCCUGUCCCCCCGGGGCGAAAUCCUCCUCCGAGAAUAUCUCCACGGCUGGAGACAGCUGCUCAAGUUCAUGGACACGCUGGGCACAGCCUUUGGGCUGAUCUCCCGGGAGACCGAGUCCAAGAUCAGCAUCAUGCAGCAGCAUCAGGAGGGGCCGCACGGCCUCCACUACCACACCGUACAGUCCAUGGUGGACUUUGAGCUGGCCUCAGGCUUGGUGGGCUUCCAGUCCCUGCCGGCCCAGCAGCUCCCCUCAGGCUGCCGGACGCUGCUGCGCCUCCAUCGUGCCCUGAAGUGGCUGGAGCUCUUCCUGCACAAACUGGGCACCAGCCAGAAGGAUGAGAAAUCCUCCCAGAUGUGUGCCGAGGCCUACCAGACGGCCCUUGCCCCAUAUCACAGCUGGUGGGUACAGCAGGCCGUUGCCUUGGCCUUCCUGGCUAUGCCCUCCCGCCAAGAGCUGUACCACAUCAUGGUGCGGGGGGAGAAGCUGGCGGCUGGGGCCGUUGUCCUGACCACGGUGGAGAGCCUGAGCCGGGUGUACAACGUCACGCAGGAGGUCUACUCUGCCCAUGGAAUGCUGGAGCUGCCCUAAGGACGCCCAGGGCACAGUCGGGGUUUCACGCCCGCCACCUGAAGGACCGAUCCGGGGCCAGAGGCCUGCUCUCCAGGGCAGAAAGUGGUGGUGAUGGGUGGCUGUUCCUACUCCAUGGACCACCCAGAUGGCAGCCCCCCUUUAGUGCCUGGAGGUCCCCAGUGGAAGACGGCAGGGUUUCAUUUGGGGGGAGGGGAAUACAUUAAUAAAGGGCCUUGGAGACCCAGCACAAAGUAUGCCUCGUGACUGCCCUCUGCUGGUCUGGCCGGGGGCCUUUUCCAUCUGUACAGCAAGUGGCACCCUAUCCUGCACCCCAAGGGUGGGUUAGAGCACCACCCUCUGGGCUGUGUUGCAGCUGGACACUGCCUGCCCCUCUAUCCCUAGGCUGGGAAAGGGCAGGAUGGGCAGGGGCUGUGUGUGCAGGGAACCAGGCAGUGCCCUCCAACCCAGACAGAGACAAUCAAGUCAGGCAGGGCUGCUGCCAACCGGGUUUUCCUCGGGUGUCUCUCUGGUUGAGUUGAGAAAUUCAGAAAAACUAGAUAACUGAGGCCCAAACACAAUCAUUACUGAAGAGGGGAAAAAAGGGAGAUGCCUGAUAAGGGAGAUGCCUGUGGUUGACCGAAGACCUCCCUGAAAAACAGAACCAGAAAGAACAACCAUAAAAAAUGGACAGAUAACAAAUGCAGCACACCAGGGAACAGGCUGAAUCUGCAAGGCUGAGCAUGAGAUAAGGCUUGCUAUCCAUGCCAAAAAUAACAAAAGGCUUCUUGGAGCAUGUCCAGAAAGAGAGGAAUGGCAAGGAGACAAUCAAGGAAGCUAACCCACCACUGGGUAAUAAACAUGGCAAGAUGGCGACAGCAACAGAGAGAAAGCAGACCUGUUUAAAUUCCUAUUUUGCACCUGUUCUUUCACAAAAGGAAUCACCACCCCCAACUUAUCAAAAGUGGGACUGCAGGGAGCAGACAAGAAAUUCAGAUCAAAAGGGGCUGGGAGGGGAAUACCUAGGAGUUUUGAAUGAAUUAAGGUCUCCUGGGCCAGAUGGCAGAUGUCACCUCAGAGCCUCAGACUGAAAUCUUUUUGAGAAAUCCUGGAGCUCAGAGAAAGUGCCAGAAGACUGGAGUACAGCCAACAUGCUUCUAAUAAGUAAGAAAGGGUGGGAAAAUAUAGCCAGGGAACAAACAUACCUGAGAAAACCCCAGAGAAGGAAAACAAGCAGCUGGUUUGAAACCCAAUGAAUAGGGUGCUUACCAGAAGCCAGCAGGGUCCUGCCAGAGGAAUCUAAUUACUUUCUUUGCCCAAAGGAAGGCUGUGGGUGUGGCUGUGGUUAGGCAUUUGAUAAGCCUGGCCUCAUUCUUAACAAAAUUGAAUUGGGGGGGGGGAUGGUGUCAUUACCAGAGGGAAACCCAGUUAGGUGGUCCUUCAUGGGUCUAUG